GCACUUUUAUUGCUCAGCACUUGUAGUAAACAAAGGAAUUAAAUUAAACCUCCUUUAAAGUCUUUCUGAUAAUCUCGAGAGAUUCGUAAAUUUGCGACUCGGUGAUAAUUAGCGGUGGCGCAAGUCUCAAAACGUUAUCGUGUGUUGGCUUAGACAAUAAUCCAUUUUCUUUUAAUUUUAGACACAAGUCGAAGGCAUCGACGCGGUUGUUGUUGAUUUCAAUGGCAUUAAGAAGUCCUUUACCUCUGUGUGAUAUGACAAUGUCUUUGUCUAGUUCGCUGAGUCCCUUGCGUAGAAUUUGUCCCAUUUUUUCGGCAUUUUCUGAGAGUUUUUCACCUUCAAGGACUUCUAGAGCUGCAAUUGCUACUUUAGCUGCUAGUGGAUUUCCACCAUAUGUUGAUCCAUGUGUUCCUGCUUCAAUCACAUCCAUAAUAUGACGAUCAGCUAAGACAGCAGAAAUUGGAUACACACCACCACUCAAUGCUUUACCAAGAACCACCAUGUCAGGUCUGACAUUCUCAUGAUCAACACAAAGUCUUCUUCCAGUCCUUCCAAGUCCAGUCUGAAUCUCAUCAGCUAUAUAGAGCACAUUAUACUUAGUACACAGUUCUCUGACCUUUUUCAAAUAUCCAUCACUAGGAACCACAACACCAGCUUCACCUUGAAUUGGCUCAGCCAUAAAUGCACAAACAUUUGGAUCCUUUAAUUCAGCUUCAAGUCUUUCAAUGUUGUCGUAUGGAAUGUUGACGAAACCAGGCACAAAUGGUCCAUAAUUGUCAUAAGCUGUUGGAUCUGUCGAGGCUGAAACGGCUGCAAUUGAACGUCCCCAAAAGUUGUUUUCACAGAAAAUUAUUUUCGCUUGAUUUGCUGGAAUUUUUUUGACUUUGUAGCCCCAUUUACGGGCAAUUUUGACAGAUGACUCGGCAGCUUCAACACCAGUGUUCAUUGGCAGCAUUGCAUCCUAUAGAUUAUUUAGGAUUAGAUCGUAAUUAGAACUAGAAAUCAGAAUUUACUCACAUAUCCAAAGAGUUUAGUCACAUAUUCAGCAUAUUCAACGAGUAAGUCGCUAUGGAAAGCACGCGACGUAUGAUGAAGAACCGUGACUUGUUUGAUUAAAGCCUCAACAAUUUUUGGAUGACAAUGACCUUGAUUAACACUUGAAUAGCCGCUCAAAUAAUCAAAAUAUUUCUUUCCGUCCACAUCAUAUAGAUACACGCCUUCGCCUUUGCACAAAACAGCCGGCAAUGCUGAAUAAUUAUUGCAUGUGACUUUCAUUUCUCUUUUGAUUAUUUCACGGGAUUUUGGCGGUAAAGCUUCAAUAUUGUAGUGACCAAGAGCCUUUGGUGUUGUUGUUAUUCCACGACUUUGAAUUCUUAAUAAGGUAGACAGAACUUUAGCUUGCGACAUGAUUAAUAAUUUGGAUAAAAACUUCUUUUCUUUUGUUGCGAACGCCGAAAAUUUAUUUUAUGAAUUUCUAUUUUUAGACACAGCCACGAUGUGUUGUAAACUUUUUUUUCUUUUAUAAAACGAGUCUUGUUUCAGCAACCGAAGCAGACAAAGUAAGAAUCAAUACUGAGCAGAAAAAAAUGUGUUUAGUUGUGGAAUUUUUUUGAAAGACUUGAGUCGCUUUUUUUGCGAGAGUUUUUUUUUUACUUCCUUGUUGACUUUAUUUUCGAGAGAGUCACUUCCAGAAGCUCAAAUUUUGAGAGAUUUUUUAUAGUUUCUUCUCUCGGUUAAGAAAUGUUCAAAAAAGCGGAAAAUUAAGGAUUUUAGGCGGGACUUUGUUCAAAAAUUCAGGACUUUUUCGCUCAGAAAUGCGCAGUUGGACAGCCUAAGCAAACUUGAUGAAAGAAGUAAUCAAAUCCUGAAUUAUUUAGUUUUCAGCCUUAAAUACUAUAAAAUGUUGAAAUCAUAGAUCUGAAAUGUGUGACAAAAAGUCAAUAAACUUAUUUGCAUAUCAAAAACCGCAUCUGAGCUCAUCUAAUAGCCGCUCAUCUGCUGUCAUAAAAUUUACAGCUCUAUCAAUAGUCAAAAAUCUUCAUUUUAGCACCUCCGUUUAGCAACUUUAUUAUCACAUUAUUAGUUUUUAUUGUGUUUUUCUUAAAAAAUAUGAAUAAAGUUUAAAGCAUGGAUGUAACCAGGAAGUAUGAGACCCCCACAGCUGUCUUGAGCUUUGAGCUUGAGACAGCUGUGGGCUUUUAGCUUGAGAUUGUGAAUUCUGGAUUUCUACUAUCAAAAAAGUUGGAUUGGCUUCAAAAAUGUCUUCCAGCACCCCCAAUACAGACUCUGGCCUUAGAGACAUCAGUCAUUGUUACGUGAUUCAUUAGCGAAAUGUGGAAACGUGACUAAAAGAGAUGAUUUUUUUGUUUUGAUGGUUGAAAGCUGCUAAAAAAUUUUGUCAUAAAAUUCUGUGGAUUCAUCAGUUGUUUGAUGAAUUUUGUGGACUAAACGUCGAUUUUUUUUAAUUGGAAAACUUUAGAAAUUUUGUGGAUAAAAUGUCAAAAUUUGAAAAUCUAGACAUUCCAGAGGCCUCUGAAUACACACUUAGUCCUGAAAAUUCUGAAAAAUUUACAUCUUCACCACAAAAAGCAUUUGAAAAACCUAAAACCAGUGACAAAUCUUUAUCAAAAUCCGCUGAAAUCAUCAAGCGGGAAAAACUAGUCACAUGCAAUAAUUACGCAUCUAUGCCGACUGUUCUAUGCAGGGCUGAAGGAGUUUAUCUCUACGAUGUAGAUGGAAAUAAGUAUUAUGACUUCCUUAGUGGAUUUAGUAGUGUUAAUCAAGGCCAUUGCCACCCAAUAAUUGUCAAAGCAUUGACUGAUCAAGCUUUAGUGCUUCAUCAAACGUCGCGUGCAUUCCACAGCAACAUAUUAGCUGAGUAUGCUGAAUAUGUGACUAAACUCUUUGGAUAUGAUGCAAUGCUUCCAAUGAACACUGGUGUUGAAGCUGCCGAGUCAUCUGUCAAAAUUGCCCGUAAAUGGGGCUACAAAGUCAAGAAAAUUAAAGCAAAUCAAGCGAAAAUAAUUUUCUGUGAAAACAACUUUUGGGGACGUUCAAUUGCAGCCGUUUCAGCCUCGACAGAUCCAACAGCUUAUGACAAUUAUGGACCAUUUGUGCCUGGUUUCGUCAACAUUCCAUACGACAACAUUGAAAGACUUGAAGCUGAAUUAAAGGAUCCAAAUGUUUGUGCAUUUAUGGCUGAACCAAUUCAAGGGGAUGCAGGAGCUAUUGUGCCAAGUGAUGGAUAUUUGAGGAAAGUUAGGGAGUUGUGUACAAGAUAUAAUGUGCUGUACAUUGAUGAUGAGAUACAAGCUGGACUCGGAAGGACUGGAAGAAGACUUUGUGUUGAUCAUGAGAAUGUCAGACCAGACAUGGUUGUUCUUGGAAAGUCAUUAGGUGGCGGGGUAUAUCCAGUCUCAGCAGUUCUGGCAGAUCGACACAUAAUGGAUGUGAUUGAACCUGGAACUCACGGAUCAACAUUCAGCGGCAAUCCUCUAGCUUCAAAAGUUGCAAUGACAGCCAUAAAAGUUAUUGAAGAUGAAAAACUUUCAGAAAAUGCUGAAAAGAUGGGACAAAUUUUCCGCAAAGGGCUCAGCGGACUUGACAAAUGUGUUGUUGAUUUAUAUCGUGGCAAAGGACUCAUGAAUGCUAUUGUACUUAACAGAAAUGUUGAUGCUCUUGAUUUUUGUAUGAGAUUAAAGAAGUAUGGACUAUUGACAAGACCAUCGCACGGGAAUGUUCUCAGACUUGCACCACCUUUGGUGAUUAAUGAAGAGCAGAUUAAAGAUUCAAUUGAGAUUUUUAGGAAAGUUGUUGAUGAGGUCAAAGUUGAAAUGAGGAAAAUUGUUGUAAAAUCUGCUCUGUAAGCUCAAGAUUUAGUCACGGAAGGAGUUGAACCUACUUCAUGCCACACCAUUGAGCUCAAAAACUAAGGAUUUAUUUUUGUAGAAAAUUAAAUAAAUUUAAUGAAAAAGUUUUUGACCAAAAUUGUGAAAGUUCAACAAAAAUUGAUAUAAAUAAAGUCAUGGUCCUCAAAAUUCCAACCAUCCUUCCUUAUCCUAUCUAAAAGGUAUUCCAGUAUGUUCAUUGAUAAACCUCAAAAAGCUCGAAACACGAACAGAACUCACAGCUAGUCCAUUAGGCAAAUUCAUGACUGCAGAAGUGAUUCCAAUCAAUGUCAUUUGACCAUCGCCUUCAAAAAUCACUGAUGCACCACCAAUAUCUCGUUCUGUGUCUGUCAUAGACACUAAUGUUUGAUGUUGACUGCAAAAGUCAAAUGUUGGGAAGUUCGUAUUCCAAAAGCAUAAAUGCACGCCUAGGAUGCGAAAGCUGGCAAAUUGAAGGAGUCGUGGGAAUAAAUUGUUGGCUUGUCU